AAUCAGAACGAGCAAAAGCAACAUUGGCAAAUUUCGGCGCUGCUGCUGCUGCUUUGGCAUCGCCUUGUACUAGGACUGAAGCUGUGGAGCCGCGGUCUACAAUAUGACAGAAGGGCGGCUUCCAGCGAUUGUUAUUGAUAACGGCACGGGUUACACAAAGCUCGGUUUUGCUGGAAAUAAAGAGCCUCAAUUCAUUAUACCAUCUGCAAUAGCAAUACGAGAGAGUGCCAAAAUCGGAGACCAAGCUACAAGAAGGUUAGCAAAAGGCAUUGAUGACUUGGAUUUCUUCAUUGGUGACGAGGCCUUGGAUGCUGCAGGCUAUGCAGUGAAGUACCCAAUCCGCCAUGGCAUUGUGGAAGACUGGGACUUGAUGGAGCGCUUCUGGGAGCAAUCUAUAUUCAAGUACCUACGAGCUGAACCUGAGGAUCAUUACUUUUUAUUAACAGAGCCACCACUAAACACUCCAGAGAAUAGGGAGUAUACAGCAGAAAUAAUGUUUGAGUCCUUCAAUGUGCCUGGACUCUAUAUAGCUGUCCAGGCUGUCCUGGCUUUAGCUGCUUCCUGGACAUCUCGUCAACUAGGAGAACGCACCCUGACUGGCCUUGUGAUCGAUUCUGGUGAUGGUGUCACUCACUGUAUCCCUGUGGCUGAGGGCUAUGUGAUUGGCAGCUGCAUCAAGCACAUUCCCAUUGCUGGACGCAAUGUGACCUACUUUAUUCAGAACCUUCUGCGUGAGCGGGAGGUGGGCAUUCCACCAGAGCAGUCUUUGGAGACUGCAAAAGCCAUCAAGGAGAAGCUGUGUUACAUUUGUCCAGACAUUGCCAAGGAAUUUUCCAGAUAUGACCAGGAGCCAAGCAAGUGGAUCAAGAAAUAUGAAGGCAUGAAUGCAAUCACGAAGCAGAAGUUUUGUGUUGAUGUAGGUUACGAACGAUUUCUGGGACCUGAAAUCUUCUUUCAUCCUGAGUUCUCAAAUCCUGACUUUACUACACCUAUUUCUGAGAUUGUUGACACAUGUGUGCAAAGUUGCCCCAUUGAUGUGCGACGCCCACUUUACAAGAACAUUGUUCUGUCUGGUGGCUCCACAAUGUUUAAAGACUUUGGCCGCCGACUACAGCGAGACUUGAAGCGUGUGGUUGAUGCACGACUUAAGUUCAGUGAAAAGCUAAGUGGAGGACGCAUCACGCCGAAGCCAAUGGAAGUGCAAGUGAUUUCCCAUCACAUGCAGAGAUACGCUGUCUGGUUUGGUGGCAGCAUGUUGGCAUCUACGCCGGAGUUCUACGAAGUGUGCCACACAAAAAAGGCCUAUGAAGAGUGUGGACCGAGCAUCUGCCGUCACAACCCAGUAUUUGGUGCCAUGACAUAGGGCUGUAUUGUGGAAGGCUUUUCUCUUUCUUUCAUUUUUGACAUGUGGCUUUGCAUGGUUGGACAACUUUUUGACAGAAUGCCAACCUUUUUACGACUUUUCUUUGGUUUUAUAUUCCCUUUUGUUGCCCUAAAAUCAUACUGUAUUUACUUCAACCAUCUUUAGCGGUUGAGCAGUAGCUGGACAGUUGAUGCUGCAGUGAAGGCUGCAUUUUUUUUUACCUAUUUACAAUAAGUUUAUUCGUAGCCUAUUUAUGAUAUGUUAUGACGAUUAUAUGAAAGACAGCAGGUACAUUUUUGUAAUAUAAAUGUGCCUGCUUGUGGCAGUUGGUCUGUAUGGUGCAUGGAAGCUAUUGCGACAUGCAUGUGGCAAUUGUUAAAUUCUACUUUUUUUUUCCUCCUGCAGACUAAGUGCUCUUUAACUGGUCUUCACACAUUUAUGCAACUAAUUUCUUCCUCUGUUCGCACCUUUUUUUUUUUUUAAUCAUAAUGUAAAGAAAUUGUACAUUUUAUUUUUUCAAAGUAUCACAUUAAAGUUGUUGAAUAUGGCA